AUGAAGACUGUCUUUAACCUCUACACCAAACUGGUUAAAAGUAUCAACACUUGUUCCUACAACUCCCCAAAGACAGGGCCAAACAAAUAUGGGCACAAUGAUUGUGCAAAUGGGAUGACCUCCAUGUUAGUCUGGAACAACUGGAAAACUGAGAACAAGAAGUGGACAUAUUUUCCCAUCGCUCCUAUUGUUGUCAAAAGUCUACUUGCAGCCCUCAAUGAUUCUACUGUCACAGAGUUUAUCUUCUUGGGUCAUUCCAAUUCUCGGCCAAUCCAGCUUCUUCUCUUUGUGUUAGUCUUGGCUGCUUAUACAAUAUGCCUCAUUGGCAACCUCCUCAUUGUAGUGACAGUGCAUGGAGAGCCCCACCUCUCUCAGUCACCCAUGUACUUCUUCUUGGCCAACCUGUCUGUCUUUGACAUCACCUUGGGCUCACUGGCUACACCCAAGCUUUUAACAGAUUUAGCGAGCUGCAACAGGACCAUCAGCUUCAUGGGUUGUAUGAUCCAGAUCUUCUUUAUCCACUUAAUUGGGGGCUCUGAGAUGCUCCUUGUAACCCUCAUGGCUUACGAUCGUUACAUGGCCAUCUGCCACCCUUUGACCUACAUGGCCAGUAUGAACCGUCCACGUUGCAUCAGACUUCUUGCCUCCUGUUGGGCUGGAGGCCUCAUUCACACCACCAUCCAGAUGUUUUUGCUUCUCCAGCUCCCAUUCUGUGGGCCAAACACUCUGGACAAUUUUCAUUGUGACCUCCCACAGGUGAUCAAGCUGGCUUGUGUAGACACUUACAUCACUGAGCUGCUGGUUGUGGCCAAUAGUGGCCUUCUUUCCCUUGUGUGCUUCCUUGCCUUGCUUGCUUCCUACAGUGUCAUUGUCACCAACCUUCGAGGCCAUUUCAGAGAGAGUGGAGGCAAAGCCCUGGCCACCUGUAGCUCCCACCUCAUUGUGGUCUUCAUCAGCUUUGUGCCCUGCAUCUUUGUCUAUUUAGUGCCUUUCUCCAGGUCUCAUACGGACAAGGUGGCAUCUGUCUUCUACACCUUAAUCGUACCUUCCGUCAACCCAAUCAUAUACACUCUGAGGAACCGAGACAUGAGCAAUGCAAUGAAGAAAUUAAAGAAGAGGUGCCCUUUCUUACAAUCUUCUGGGAAAAUAGAACAUGUAUGA